AUGGACACGACCGGCUACCAGUGUCAGUGCUUUGCUGGCUACCAGGGAACUCACUGCGAAACGGUUAUUGACAACUGCGCAAGCAAUCCAUGUGUCAACGGAGACUGCAAAUCUAGCACAUCUGGAUACACCUGUACCUGUCACGAAGGUUACAAAGGAGAUCAGUGUGAAUCGGUUAUUGACAACUGCGCAAGCAAUCCAUGUGUCAACGGAGACUGCAAAUCUAGCACAUCUGGAUACACCUGUACCUGCCACGAAGGUUACAAAGGAGAGCAGUGUGAAUCGGAGAAAGCUGUAUUAUCCAGUUGUAAAGAAGUACGUGGAAUGAAUCCAAACGCGAAGGAUGGAGAAUACUGGAUCUACCCAACACCGUUUAAUGGCAAGAAAGUGAAAAUCUACUGUUUCGACAUGGCAAAAAACGCAAGAGAAUAUGUGACACUAAAGGCCAUCAAUCGAGGCAAUUAUCCAAAUUUGAAACUCAUGAACUGUAAGGGUACAGAGCGCGCCGGCCUCAGAAAGGUUGCAGGGAGAUAUGCGUUUGCCAAAGUUCGAGUUAACAUCAAGAAUAUGGAACUGGUCCUAAAUGACUUUACAUUUGCAACUACUGUUGGUGUCAAACAGAGAUAUGGCAUAGCAGCGGACUGCUACACCAAUCACAAUAAUGGCCGUCGAGCUUCGUGUGGAACAAAAGGCUACUUUAUCAUCGAUACCUCGGGGACAGGCAUGAUCAUCAAUGAAUCGACACAGUGGAAGACGUUCGGUAAAAGGGCAUUUGCAUCAGUGAGCAAAUCGGAUGAUUAUUACAAAAUACGUUUGGAAUGUGGUGGACUCUGUGGUGGUUGCCAACCCACAACACCGCUUGUUCUAAAGUACAAAGAACAUGUAGAGGAAAAACAAUGGGAACGCUUACCACCGACUUGUGCUGAUCACCAGAAGAAGGGAAAGACAACUGAUGGCGAGUAUCUGGUUUACCCGCCAGUCCUCAGUGGUGUUAAAGUCAGGGUUUAUUGUCAUGGCAUGAAAACCAAAACCCCAAAGGAAUACAUAACUUUGAAACACCCAAAUGUGGGAGAAAACCCAGACAAAUCUGAUAAAGACUGCACGGGACACACGACUCGUUCGAAAUUUUGGCGUAUCACAGGCAAAAUUGUAUAUACCAAAGUGAGGAUACACAUAAUGACGAUGGUAGCUGAGGAAUUUGAUUUCACGUUUGCGAAACUUUAUGGAAAACUAAAACUACAUAAGAAGCCAAUAUCUUUCGGACACGCAAGGGACGGAUAUACAAAGCACUACAAACGCAAGAAAUCCAAAUGUGGACCAAUAGGCACGUUUGUCAUCGAUAUGCGCGGAACGGGACUAAAGGUUAACGACAAUCUUACAUGGCUUCCUUAUGGAACUACACCGUAUGCAGAAUGGUCCAGAGAACAUGCAAAUGCCACAGUGCAUCUUCGAUGCGGUGGAUAUUACGGCUGGUGUGUGCCGAUGGAUCUGUUAACUUUUGUGCCAAAUCCAAAUGACAUAUAUUGAAAUCUGAAAACGUGACAAUCGUCGGAGAAGAGUACACUAAUAAUUUGCCAGCUCAUGCGAAGAACAUAUCGUCUGCUAUUCGUUACGAUUAUGAACUGUGGUGUAAAACAAUAUGAAAUUAUAUAAACUUGGCCUACUUUCAGUAGUGUGCAUAUUGUGCGAUUAUGGAAUAAAGAUAGUAAUAAUAAUCA